GGACCAGUGGUAAUUACUGGGAAGCCCUGCUGCUCAGUUAGUGGUCCCAACACACCAGUCUGUCUUCUUCUGGACCCUAAUGAAAAGCCUUUUAAUAUCUUAUUAGCUUUUAAUGUCACUCUGUGGGAGUGGGUGUGGUCUGGAGACUUUUAUUAGAGACUAGGAAAAUGGGCCUGCUUGCCGGCAGUUUGUCAUUUUUGAUUGAAGAGCCGAGGGAUGCAGGUGGAGAUAUAAUUACACCGGAGGUCAGUAAUGUUUUCAUAAGUGUGCGGUUGCGUGUUUAUGUGCAGCCUUUUAUGGUUUCUUCCUAGUCUCCAUUUCGGCCCGCAGAGGUGUCCCUUUGAUGGAUUGUACAGAUAAAGUAUUUGAUGACACAGGAGAGCCCGGGCCCAUUAGAAAUUCAUAGCAGAUUAUCCACACAGCUCAAAUGAAAAUGGACAUCAGAGACAUAAUGGCUGUCGUUGGCAUUUUCCACCACUUUCUGUGAUAUUGUUUCCUUUUCGUGACUUUACCACUCUCAUUUUUGAAAACAACAAUUCUUCAAAGAGUCGCUAACAAUCAUAUUGUUCUGCUUGUGCUUCACGCCGGCAGCUUUCAUCCGAUCGCCUCUAUCAAGUCACGGUGACAAGAGCUCUCUUGCAGAAAUGAGCUCUCAUGCUGCAUCAAUACGAGUUGUCUUUGAAGGAAGUCCAUGCAAACAAUUUGUGGACUUUUUGUUGUAUUCUAUUUCGAUUUGUUCUUUUUUCAAAGGUUUGUUUUCACUCUUUGACUAAAACCUCGUCACAGAUGUCGCUGAAUCAUCAUUUUUCACCAGAGACAGCACUUUGGAAAGAUGCUUUGUAGUGACAGUGCAGAAGCAUGCCACACAUUAUUUAAUAUCUGGCUGCGCAAAGCAGCCAGGACCUAAAGGUAGUGGGUUUUUGCCGGGCUGUUUGAUUGCCGCUCAGCUGUAGCUGUGUGUGUGUGCUGUGUGAAAUGUGUUCAGCUGUUAUGGUGCAUCCUGCAUACUUGUUAAAUAUAAAUGGCCGCCAAACUGAUCGUGGCAGGUGAACACUAAAGCUCAAAGGAAAUUCCUGUCCAAGUCUUUAGUCUUACAAGUUGAGCUUUAAUACAUGUGCACAUGAUUCAGUAGCCCAUUUGCUGACCUGUUUAAACCUGAAACAUGGGUCAGAGCGGUUUUUUUAAACACUUACAUACCUUGAUUUGUUUCUAACUUAAGACAAUGUCAAAGUCAUUUUACAUUGAAGGCCACGUACAGCCCACUUUGAUCUUAUUUGGUUAGGGUUAGAGAUAGCUUGAUAUGAGAAAAAGAAGUGAAGUUUCAACAUUGAGUCUCAGUUUUUCUACAUGAUAAAAAAAAUGCUCUGCUCUGUCAGCACCCCUCUUUGGGCUUAAAUUGUUAGAAGUAAAUGUGUAAAAUUAAGAACUCUGUAAUUACACAAUUUGGUGUAGUAUGAAUGGCCAUGGGGGACAUCUUCGUCACUAGGAAAAGCUAUAAAACUUGUAAAAAAAAUAGAGUGAAAAGUCCAGAAUUUAUGUCCUACUUCACAUUUUUCAAAGCCAUCCAAUGAGCCACAUUGACUGGGGCUGACUCUGGCUCCUGGGCCUUAUGUUUGACAUCCCUGGAUUAGGCCAAUGUAUCAGAAUCCUGUUGCCCGUGAACUUUCCAAGGUGUAUAAUUCAAAAUAAUAAAGAAGCAGAAACAUAUUUCCUUUAAAACGAUAAAUUUGUCCGUGUAUCCUCCACGGACUCGUCUUUCAAACAGCCUGCUCUGACUCGUCACAGAGUCACAGCAACCACAGCGAUCAUCAAUUAGUCACUUGCUUGGUUGAUGCUGUUUAUGAUGCAAUCCAUGGAUGUCUUCAAGGGGCAUCAAUUAAGUGAAAGUCACUGGCAUGUCUGUUUUGCACAAGGUAUCCUUUAGCAGCAGUGAAUGAUGCACCAGUUUAUGCUAUUAGUGAGACAUAUCUGUCACUCCCAGCUCACCUUUUUUCUGCAUGCAGGGCCGCUAUUGUGAUGAGACAUAUUUUACCCCAAACCAAGAUCUUGUCCUGAAUCUACUCUGUCAGAGUAGAUUUGAGUGCUUUAAUCUCCCCACAGAGGUUUUUUUGUAUAAGGGCAAAUCUUUUAAAUGUUUAAAUUUAUGGAAUGAAUGCACACAUGCACGGCACAUGUUCGAUUGCAGACUUGAUCUCAGAACUAAAAUCUCUCAAUAACCAACGUCAAGGCAGCAAUGCUAAAGAAUGCCUUCUUCAUAAUGAAAAGAAGCAGAUAGCAUCAGAUUAAACUGCAUUUCAUGAAAACCUGCCAUAAGAAUAUGUCGUCUUAGCCCACUGGGCAAUCCACUGAUCCCUAAGGUUCACGUGGCUUGCGUGUCUUUAGCAUACCCUAGUGUGUCAGAACGCGCUUGCUCAGACACGGACCAGUUGGAAUGGACACAGUGCACGUCUGUUGUGGUCGCUAAUAUGCAAGGAACAGUCAAGCACUGCUUCUAUGCAGCAGCAUUAAAAAUUGCCGCAUGAACACACUGAUUAAUUUAUAAGUCAUGCGAGAGGGGCAUAGGCAGCGCACCCAAAAAAAUCCCAGAUAAGCUGCAUAGUGUGAGAGUUCUUUUCUUCUACACAGACAGAUUGUGAUUUGCGUGUCUGUGCGUGUAAAUGGGUAUGAGAGAGAGAGAGAGCGAGAGAGAGAGCAUGAAACUGAGAUGCUCCUUUCAGUUCAGGAUGAAGAGAAAAAAAAGAGGCCUGAAAUAUUUGGGGAAGUGGGGAUUGGUAGGGGGGGAUUGGCUUCUAGUCUUUUCAUAUCUUAUAGAAAGACUUGGAGACUCUUUCCAAAGAAUGAUUCUGCCAUUGUCCCACUCUCUUUUUCUGCUCUGCUUUUAAAUGAUCAGAUCAUCUGAUGAAAACCCCUCCCUACAGUCAGUAGCAGUACAUCUGCAUUUAUGGUUUGUUAGCAUCCAAACUGUUAUAUUGAAGACGUUUCUCUCACAAAUCCAGCAACAGUACGCUUCUUAUUGAACUCUCGUACUACAUCAGAUUUAUCUUUAAAGUGAUGCAUGGCGUCGGGCCAUGAGGUGGCACUCAGCUGCCUGACGGUAAACACUCAUUAAUUCCAGCUCUGCCAGAACACACAAACAUCUGCCGUCUGUUGCCGUGGUGACUCAAUGGACCCCAUCCAGCAGGCACCGUAGCAUGCCUUUUUGCGCACCGUAUUUCAGUGCACACAAUGCCAGCCGGUCCUGGUACCAAAACAAAGCAGCCGCCUCCUCGUGGCUUGAAGCAGGUCCGCUGUGUGUUAGAGGGAAUCCCGGAUCCUGCGCAGAGCCUGCUGCUUGCUCACAUGUGCGUGGACGGAUGUUUAAAUGCUCCGACAGAAGCCCUGACGCAGCACAACCCAGGCCCUCGCUGCCUUUCUGCAGACGCCGUCCGUCCUGACAUCGCAGGCUGUGGGGCAAGGCCUGGUUUCAUUUUCGAGGAUUCUUCUCAGAUUCUGUUUCCUGUACAGAGGUGCUUUUCUGAGGAAGUGACUUAUCAUUUCUAUCAGAGUGAUAACAUCAACCUGGUCUGUGUGAAGUGUCUGCUUAGAUUUGUGCAGCUGUUAUCAGCUUGAGCUGCUUUAUUCAUUGUACCACAAAAAGUAAAAGCCACGAUUCAAUUUGUGGUUCCAGGAGGCCGCUGUGAGAAAGCAGACAUGCUGUGAGCGCUGUCUUUAGUAGCGUGUUACAUCUGGACACCUUAAUGUUGUGACAGGCUGUCAGGAGACGGUGUCUUGCUUUCUUACGCCGACUCGUUUCUCUUCGUGGCGUUGAAGCCGACAGUGCUGAUGUGGUGUCAGAAGUAGUGCCAGCACAACACCAAGCCGCUGGGCUGCGGGCGCCUCUAAUGAGCUCCCCUGAGUGGUAUGCAGGCCGAUGGAGAUGGCCCGUCCUCUCUCCUCCCCCUCGCUCAGCGUGCUCGCCUCUAAUUGGUGGGAGAAGAAAGAGGGACUUCACUCUAACAGGAGACAAAGCUUUGUUUAAAGUGAGUGACACAAAAAGUAAAAGAAAAAUCUAUUUCUGCCUCAUGUGAAAGCAGGUCCUCUCACCCCAAUUAUAAUUUCUGGCAAAGGCCCGAGGUUUACGUCGUCCAGUAUGUCCUGAACCCGAGGAGAAAGACAUGGGUGACGCGAGCAGAGUCAGGUGUUCGUUUUGGACGAUGGGAGACUCUGAUGUGCCAAAUGAAUGCUGCUUUUUCACCUAGUUUUAAUCACACUGUUGGCUCUUAAUGUCAAAGUGCUCUUCGUGCUCCUGAUGUACUAAAGGGCGCGAUGACUGGAAUAAUGACGCCCUCUACUGCUCAGUUAGCAACACAGCCAACGGAGGGAAACAAAAUCAACAGGGGACCAUGGUACAUGUUAGCUCAGCUCAACCACCAAAGGAUCCAGAGGGAAACACAGUGAAAUGUCUUUAUUUUUUUAUUAAUUCUAAUAAAGGCAUGGCUGUAGUUUAAGAGGUGGAGCAAGCCAUUUCUCAUAUUGUUGCUAUGAGACACGUCUGGACAGUGUUCAGUGUGUGUGUGUGUGUGUGUGUGUGAAUGCAGCUCAAAGCAGAGGCUUGAUAACUGCUCAGGGCGUGCGCUCAGGCAAUUAUGACAUGAAAUCUUUGUGUUUCGGUUCUCUUUAUCAAAGCAAGCUUGUGGCAACAUUAUUCAAAGACAUAUUUUGGAUUUUAAAAAUGUAUUUAAGCAUUCUGGUGUCACAGUAGCACACCAGGGUUUCCAGGAAGAACAGUGUACUAGUGUCAUUUGGCUCACCAAAUUGUGUGCACACAUCACAUUACGUGGAUACAAAAUGUGCGGAAGUAAACUAAAUUCUUAUGCAAAGUGUGAUAAAGUAUUAGCAAGAAGAAAAAUGGAUGCUUAAAUAAAUUAAAAGGCCUGGUGUGUUGAUUCUGUUGAUCAUCCAUAUUUAUUAGUCAUUUAGUCCAUCACUUGCACAGCCAAAUUAAAUUGCUGCUUGGGGGCCAAAAAUGAGCUGCUGGGUUCUUUUGCUCUGUUAUCUUUAGAAGCUGAUUUCUAAAACACCAAUGAUGCACAAGCAGUAAGUUAGCGUCCAAUAAAAUUCCUUUCUUAGGUUAGUCAUAUAUGAAUUUCUCCACAAAAACCCUUGAAUCUACAAACAUUUUACAUUUACUGUGGUUAUAGUUGAUUAUCAUACACAUUCAGAGUCAGAGAGUGUUUAUUAUAUUGAUCUCUGAGUGUAUCAGAGCCUCGUGAAAGAUUGGUGACCUGUCCGGGGUGGCACCUGCCUUUCACCUUAACAAUAGAUGGAUGGCAGAAAAUGGUAAAAGUUCUUCUACCUCAGCCUUCAUCAGGAUGAAAUUGCAGCUUCUUUUGCUCUGGAUUGUUUGCCCGGUGUGAAAAUAUUAAUUGAAAACCACACAAAAGUACUUACAGUGUACGCUUCAGUGGACUACACUGUGCUACUAUGUUCUGAAGCACUGUUACCAUAGUGUGAACCCGGAGCUUCAGAGAAACCAGUCUUGAUCAUUUAAAACACUCUGUUACAUCAACUAUUUCUCGAGGCUGUACCUCUGUUAUGUAACUCCUACAUCUGCCCAGCUCUAAUUACAAACCCCGUCUGAGCUGUCUCAAGGAUGUCACGCCUAAAACUUUUCCUUGAUCUUCUUCUGUAUGGCACUGACUUUACUUCUACUCCACUCUCUCUCGUGUUUCUGAGAUCACUCUGUGUCCGCACAUUAGUUGUCAUGCAUUCAAGGCCGUUUUUCAGAAGUCGGCUGGAUACAAUAAACUCUCAUUUUCUGUGUAAAUGCCUUCCAUUUAAAUGCAUUCACACUAAGCUUAAGAAUGGUCGGCCAACAUAAACUUUAACCUGCCUAUUUGUGUCUGGAUUCAUCUUUGUAUUCAAUAAAUGCCUGCAGUAAUUCUGUUCUCAACUCUGAGAUGAUGCAUUCACAUUUCUUUUCUUUAAUUCAAUCCAAAGUUUAGAAAUCCGAAAAUAUUACAAAAAAUAUAUCAAAUAAAAUGUAAAAAAUCAGCGCGUUGCUAAUCGGCUAAUGUUUGGAUUUAUUCAUCACAAACCUGUGAUCAUGAGUCUUACUGUGCAAAAAUGAUGAUUGGCUAAUUUCAUAUGAAGCGUAGUGCUGGCUGCUUCAAGCCAGUAUAGCUGCUGUCACUCCAAGGUGCUUUGCAACCCACCUCAAACCUUUAUAUUAUUCAUGCUAUGUCAUGUCAUGGUUGUUGAUAUCUGCUCUAUUUUUAAAGGGAGUUUUGUUGCUUCUCUCCCUGUAUUUUGGCCUUCAGGGUAUGAAACUGGAUAGGUGUGGAAGUCUUUGAACAGAGCUGUAAAACCAAAUAUGUAUAACUGCCAUAUGGUUAAUUUUCAUGUAACUAGUCUUACAGCCCAGAGCCAGAACUUAGCCACUGAGCUCUUGCUGCUGCAUAUAGUGACUUGACACUCUGGGGGCAUUGCUUGUUGAGAUUUAUAAACUGUAAGUGAAGCUGAAAAUGUGAGUGAAGAGGGGACAGUGUGUUGUUGGCUCAACCUGUGAAUGAUCUAAGAAGCAGCUAGCCAACUAGCCACAGAGCUUCAUAAUUACGUCACCACCUAUCAUCCUGAUAUAAUCUGUUCUUGUUUCUAAGAACUGCUGUUUUAGCAAAGUGAAUAUGCUGCUCUAAAAUUAUGCAGUACUUGGAUAGUCAAGACUUGGUGGAGUGGUUUCAGAUCAGGUUUCUUCUUCCUCCUUUCUUCUUCUACUUUUGUUUCUACUUUUUUCACCUGCUCCCUUCAGGGGUCACCACAGGGGAUCAUCUGGCUCCAUUCACAACAACCCCAACAUCCUCCUUCAUAACAUCAACUCUCUGCAUGUCACUACAUGCAAGAACCCCCUCUGUGGUCUUCCUCUUUUCCUCCUGCCUGGCAGUUCCGUCUUCAACAUCCUUUGUCCAAUAUAUCCACUAUCCCUGCUCUGCACAUGUCCAGACCAUUUCAAUCAUUCCUCCUCCAAACUGCUCAACCUGAGCUGUCCCUGUGAUGUACUCUUGGUUCUCUUGGAAACCUGAACAUCUUAACCUCUUCAGUUCUGCCACCUCCAGCUCAACCUCAUGAUUUUUUGUUAGUUCCACCAUCUCUGAACCACAGACCAUAGCAGGUCUCACUACCAUCUUGUGGUCCCAGAUCAGGCACUGGCUCUGAAUUUUUCCUCAAACUGCCAAAUAGGACAAGGAACAUCCAAGAAUCUCCUCUAUCUGAAGUCAGAGCUACAUUAUUUUUUUUAUACAUAAAACACAUAAAUAGGAGCCUCUUUCUUGCACAUAGAAACUUAAACUGGAUUCAAACUGGAAAGUCUUACCAUAUACUAAAAAAAUAUACUUUUUAAAAAUUGCACUUUUUUAAAAUUAUCAGCCUUUUCCAGUUAGAUUUAAAAGGCUGAAAGAUCUCUCUGGCUUUCUUCGUGCUCUUCCUCUGGUUUGCUCUGCAACAUUUGAAACGCUGCCGCUGAUGCCUGUGAUGUCACAGGCCGUCCUGCUUUCAGAGGCUUAUGGAGAAACGAUAACAAGCUCCUUUAUCCUCAUUAGCGCCAUUACAUUAUGACGUAGCCUCUAGCUAUUGUUGUCUUUCUCCGUCUCCCCUUUGUUUACCUUCCCUUCGCUGCCUGAGACACAACCAGCCAGACAAGGUGUAUCUUAGUUAACUUUGUCUGGAGAAGAGACACGUGAGGAAAGCAUAACAUUGUCGAGGAAAUCUCAGGGCUGCCUGCUACAACUCUGUCCCACUAGAAAUGGUGGAAACACAAAAACUACAUUUGCUCAAGAGAAAGGUGCUAAAAGCAACUCCUGAGUGUCUCUUUAAAACAGAUAUUCUGAUAUACAUUCGAUGGACAUGUAAAAUCAAAUCAAUGUUUCUGACCCAGAGCUUAUUCCAUAUCUUUUUAUGCAGUCUGUGCUUGUGACUGGUGGAAUCCAGUUAGUGUUGUUAAAGCUAAUAUGAGAGCACAUACAGUUUUCCCCUAACUCAACAGCAACUUCUACGACUGAGAAAUGAAGCUAGUGUGGAAGUUGAAAUAGCUGCCGUGAGGCUGACUGCAUCAUUCCCCACAGAAAGCUCAUAGGGGUUAUUCUUAAACUUGUUCAGGCUCGAAUUUGUGCAUUAUUAUAUUCGGUCUCCGUUGAGUGUCAGAUGGGAUCCUGCUAGGUUUUUGUUAGCUCAGCUAAUUCCUCUCUGAACUCGACCUCUCUCUUGUGUAAUGCUGUUUGUGGCUUUUGGAGCAUUUUAGUGGAAAUAAUUUGACCUGCUGUGGGGUUAAACUCAUCCAUGCUUCAGGUUUUCUGACUAAAAUCCUAGCAUUGUAUUAGCCUGUUAGCACUACAUAGGUAGGUAUAUGUACUCCAAAUCCACCCUUUUGCCCUGUCUUUCGGUUUUUGCUGUCUUGAGUUUCAUCUUUUAGAAACAGCAAACUAAAAACACGAUUUGAUUCAGUAAUCUGGCUUUCUUCAAGGUGCUGUCAUGUCGGUGUCACUUGUUUGCAGAAUGAAUUAUUUGAAGCUACUAGUAGUUAUUUUUAUUCUCGCUGCAGGGAACACGCUGGUGUAAACAGCUAAGGCAGAUUUUUUUUUGGCAGCACAUGGAAGAGAAAUAUUUAAACCUAGGUGAUGUGAUCUAAACUGGGACGCCACCUGUCAGGAGGAGCCAUUAGUGGGAAAUCCCAUUACUAGUAAUCCUAUAGGCCCAGUGAUAGGAGCACAGUAAGUAGUCUCCACUCUCUCCUUAUGUCGGUUUCUCGUGGCCUCGCUGUAUAAACAGUAGUGGCCACAAGCCUGUGAGUGCCAGUCUUGGAAGAGGACAUGACCCCUGGCAAACUUUCAGCAAGUGGACAGAGAAACGAGCUCAGGAUAUUAAUGCCGUUCCAUGCCAGCUGCAGUUCAUUGUCGAAACAGUGAGUCGUACACUCUUAGAAGCUCCUUCAUUUAAAAAAAGAACGCUUCUCUCUGUUAGUCUGUUUAAUUGACUUCCAUCGUCUGUCAGAUGCAGGACUGCGUGCUUCAUCACCACCUUUCAGCCAGUUUUGUCAGCUUCAGCAGUGCUUAUCACCUCACAGUUUUAGCUAAAUUUAGACCAUUGGCUUAAUGCCACGCUGCUGUGUUAUUGUUGUUGAUGGUGGUGGUGUUGUAGUAAUGGGUUUCAGCUAAACAUAGAAACCAAGUAGAGCUCAAAGUCAGUACUAAUGGUAGUACUUUAACUUUAGUAAUGAUUUGGAGGUAUUUUCAAUUCAGAUACUUUGGGUUAUUAUCCAAAAAGUAGCAUUAUCUCACAACUAGAAGGCAGCUGGUUCAAACCUCCUGGUAGGUAAAGGCCUUUCUGUGUGUUUCUCUGUGAGUUUCCACAGUUAAGUUGUUACGUUAUCUGGUAAUUCAAAAUUUGCUAUGAGUGUAAUACAAGGUAGAUAAAUUGCUCAAGUGCGUGGAUUCAUAAAUGCAUGUGAAAAAGGUAAUAUGGCUUUUUAAAUACCACUUCAUUCCAAUCCACAAAUAGUCAAAGUUCUUAAAUGAAAGCAUUUAAAAUUGGUCAAAUCACAAAAGGUUACCAAUGUGCCAAAGCAUCCUGACCACCUAAGUAGCUAAUAUGCUGUCAGUCUUUGCAUGCAGCCAAAUUACCUCUAACCGAUCACAGGUCUUCUAGAGUCCAGGCCUCGAAGAUUCCUCUAUCUAUCUGGUGCCAAGACAUUAACAGCACAUCCUAUAGGUCAUGUAAGCUGUGACUUAGAAUGGGAUGAGGCUUAUUCCAACACUUCCUCCAACAUCCUGCUGCUGUUGAUGGUAAGUCACACCACCAUCAGAAUGUGGUCUCUCUACUGUCAAAUUACCAUCAUGUGAACUUUGCAGUUUGGGUCCUGCCUUUUUCAAUCAUAUCUUUAUAUCUGCUGAUUGAUCCCACAUACAACAUGGAGGUAAUAUUUUUUUUGUUUUGGCUCAAUGGAGUAAAUAUACACUUUUUUUCUCCAAGCAAGCUAUCAGUUAUUGGCAUCACUGUCAGUCUAAAACCUUUCACAAUAUCAAACUCAGAGGCUUACUCAGCAAAAACAGAUCAUUUCUUGUUCAGUCAUAGGGAUUAAAUUCACCAUUUUCCCAGAAGAAUCACUGAUGUUUACGCCUCUUUAUUUCCCACUUUGCUGUCUGCAUGUUUCCCUGCAAUCAAACUCGGAGCAGUUCAUCUCAUUAAUUACUGCACAUUCGCCCAGAGAGGAGAAUAAGCCGGUGCAUGAAAAGGCUGCACGCACUCAGGUCUCAGUGCUGCCUCCCUCUCUCUCGCUCUCUGUCAGUGUGAAGGACUAGGUGCAGAGAAAAACCUUGACCUUGCUGUGCUGCCAGCGAGCAGCAAGGACUUGCCGGGCUGCGUCAGGCUGGACACACAACUCCACUGAGAGGGAGGGAGUGAGUGGGGGUUAGAGAGAGAGAAACAGAGAGUUAGAGAAAGGGAAUAGAGGAGGGGCUAUGCUGAGAGAGUGACAGAAAGUGGUGGUGGUGGUGGUGGUGUUGAGGGGACUCAGAGUACAGCAGGGCCCGAGCUCUCUCUCUCUCUCUCUGAAGCUGGAGGUGAAUGUGGAAGGAUGGUCCCCUGCCUUCACGCUGCCAGUGUCGACCAUAUGCCGGGCUGCUCGCUGUCUCUCCCUGCCGUGUGGAAGGUGAUGCUCCAGGAACUGAAGUGGGAGCUUCUGUGGACCCUAGUGGUGGCUACAGUUGUGUCCCAGUGACCCACAGCGGCGGGCUCGGCCCCGACCACCUGGACAGCCAGCUCUACGGGCACAUCUUGCUGCCAGGCCACCCACGGCCCAGACGGCCCAAGCUUCAGCACUCUCAGUCCAUCCUCCGCAAGCAAGCAGAAGAGGAGGCAAUCAAGCGCUCCCGCUCGCUGUCAGAGAGCUAUGAGCUCUCAUCUGACCUACAGGACAAGCAGGUGGAGAUGCUAGAGCGCAAAUAUGGUGGGCGUUUCAUAACCCGGCAUGCUGCCCGCACCAUACAGACAGCUUUCCGCCAAUACCAGAUGAACAAAAACUUUGAGCGUCUUAGAAGCUCUAUGUCUGAGAACCGUAUGUCCAGACGGAUCGUCCUAUCCAAUAUGAGAAUGCAGUUUUCCUUUGAAGGACCUGAAAAAGUCCAUAGCUCCUACUUCGAGGGAAAGCAGGUCUCUCUCACAGAUGAUGGCACUAAAAUUGGUGCACUAAGGCAGUCAGACCAUGGCGGGGAGAUGGGUGUGCAGGCCAAGACCCCCACCACACAGAGCGACUUCACAGAUGCCAUCACAGAACUAGAAGAUGCCUUUUCAAGGCAGGUGAAAUCUCUAGCCGAGUCCAUAGAUGAUGCUCUGAACUGCCGCAGCCUACAUGGUGAAGACAGUCAGUCAGAGCCAGGGAGAGGCCUCCAGGAUAUGGACAGAGAGGUCACCUGUCAGGUGAAACCCUCCCACAGCGCCUCAGAACACCGUAAACUCGAUGAGAUGACAGCGUCUUACAGCGAUGUCACCCUGUACAUCGACGAAGAGGAGUUAUCACCACCCCUUCCUCUUUCUCAGUCUGUAGACCGGCCCUCAAGCACAGAAUCAGACUUGCGCCAGCGUUCGCUCAACUCCUCACAAGAUUAUUGGUCUCUUGCUCAUAAGGAUGAAAAAGGGGACACCGAUACCAGCUGCCGCAGUACACCCUCCUUGGAAUGCCAAGAGCAACGUCUACGGGUAGAUCACCUACCCUUAUUGACCAUAGAGCCUCCCAGUGAUAGCUCAGUGGAGCUGAGUGAUCGUUCUGACCGCAGCUCUUUAAAGAGACAGAAUGCCUACGAACGAAGCAUCAGCAACCAGCAGAGUAGCCCUAAACAAGUCAGCCACAGCCUGCCACCUCGAGGGCCUUCCAGAGAAGAAGACACUUCCCGACAUCGAUCGCGACAGCUGGAGGCCCAUCUGGCAAUCAAUGGUACAGCAAACCGGCAGAGCAAGUCAGAGUCGGAUUUCUCAGAUGGCGACAAUGACAGCAUUAACAGCACAUCGAACUCCAACGAUACCAUCAAUUGUAGUUCUGAAUCCUCGUCCAGGGACAGCCUGCGUGAACAGACGCUCAGCAAGCAGACGUACCACAAAGAAACUCGCAACAGCUGGGACUCACCUGCAUUCAGCAAUGACAUCAUUCGCAAGAGGCAUUACCGCAUUGGCCUAAAUCUCUUCAACAAGAAGCCAGAAAAAGGCAUUCAGUAUCUGAUAGAGCGAAACUUUGUUCCAGACACUCCGGUGGGUGUGGCCCACUUCCUGCUCCAGAGGAAAGGCUUGAGUAGGCAGAUGAUUGGCGAGUUCCUGGGUAAUCGGCAGAAACAGUUCAACCGGGAUGUCCUCGACUGCGUAGUGGAUGAAAUGGACUUCUCAGCUAUGGAGCUGGAUGAAGCGCUCAGGAAAUUCCAGGCACACAUCAGAGUCCAAGGGGAAGCACAGAAGGUAGAGCGACUGAUAGAGGCCUUCAGCCAGCGUUACUGCAUCUGCAACCCCGGUGUGGUGCGACAAUUCAGGAACCCCGACACCAUCUUCAUCCUUGCCUUUGCAAUCAUCCUCCUCAACACUGACAUGUACAGCCCCAACGUCAAGCCUGAGAGGAAGAUGAAGCUGGAGGACUUUGUUAAGAACCUUAGAGGAGUCGAUGAUGGGGAGGACAUCCCCCGAGAGAUGCUCGUAGGGAUAUACGAACGGAUUCGCAAGCGGGAGCUCAAGACUAAUGAAGACCACGUUUCCCAGGUUCAGAAAGUGGAAAAGCUAAUCGUUGGAAAAAAGCCAAUUGGCUCUUUACAUCAUGGUCUUGGCUGUGUGCUAUCUCUACCCCACCGGAGACUGGUCUGUUACUGCAGACUUUUUGAAGUGCCCGACCCCAACAAACCUCAAAAGUUGGGCCUGCACCAAAGGGAGAUCUUCCUUUUCAAUGACUUGCUAGUGGUUACAAAAAUCUUCCAGAAGAAAAAGAAUUCUGUGACAUACAGCUUUCGACAGUCCUUCUCUCUUUAUGGCAUGCAAGUCCUCCUCUUUGAGAAUCAGUACUAUCCCAAUGGCGUUCGCCUGACUUCAGCCAUUCCUGGAGCUGAUAUCAAAGUCCUCAUCAACUUCAAUGCACCCAAUCCUCAGGACCGCAAAAAGUUCACUGAUGAUUUGCGAGAAUCUAUUGCAGAAGUCCAAGAGAUGGAGAAGUACCGGAUAGAAUCUGAGCUGGAAAAACAGAAGGGCGUGGUGAGGCCUAGCAUUUCCCAGAGCUCCGGGUUAAAGAAGGAUGCAGGAAACGGAAACCUGAGCCGAGCAAGCCUCGACGACAGCUAUGCCAUCGGUGAAGGUCUGAAGAGAAGCGCCCUCAGCAGCUCCCUACGCGAUCUCUCAGAUGCAGGCAAGCGUGGGAGACGCAGCAGUGCAGGAUCACUAGACAGCAAUAUGGAAGGGUCCAUCAUUAGCAGUCCUCACAUGCGGCGGAGAGCCCCGUCCAGCCGAGACUGCCCAUCCCGUCACAGCGCCCAGUCCCUGCCCAACUCUUCCUCAUUGCUCGGAUCGUUGUUCGGCACCAGGCGUGUGAAGUCGCCCAGCCCCACCCCUCAGCCCCAGCUGCACCCUACUCUCAUCUCCCACACCCCGCACCCAGCCAACCUGCACCACACAGCCCGCGUGGAGACGGAAGGACCGGUGCCCAUGCACCCGCACCACGCCCAGUUCUGCCACAUGACCCAGAACCCACCCCCUUAUCACCACCAUCACCACUACCACCCGCCGGCCCACUUGCAGCACCCACCGCACCAGUACCACCCUCCCCCGUCUCACAGCCAACAGCAGCCGUACCCGGCUCAUCCUCACGGGCCCCAUGGGCACGGGAGCCACCCACCGCACUCCUCCACCCACCCCACUCACGGCCCUCCCCACCACCACGGCGCGCCGCCACCAUCCUCCCAGGGACCUAGCAGCACCAAGCCCAAGCACAGCGGCAUCAGCACAGUGGUGUGAGGGGCAGGGCGUCCUCUCUGGACCCUGCAGCUGAACUUUUUCCUCCUGGGCUGACAUGAUGGUGGCACUGUGCAUCGCCGGUCUGGGGCUACGAAGCCAGACGAGAUCCCGUUGUGCCUCCUUCAGAUUUUUUUCCUUUCUUUUAGAGCCGCUUCUAUCAUUUUGUUUCAGGACAUAAGACAUGUCUACCCGCUUCAGGAGCAACAGACAAGAGCAUGCACAAAGACCACAACUACUGUUUGUUUCUCAGUAAACUACCGGAACUCGCUUACUAGUAUUUUACACAAGAAGUACAUAUUAAUCUUCACACAGUAACUUUAAACGUUGUCAAGACGGUUUGGCUGAACAGACACGAAGACGACAGCUCAGCCUCAGCCGUGGCUGUGCAAGUAUUUAAUGUAGCAGUAGCUCACAGUGCACUGUGAUAUCUCUGUUAGCAGUGAUAAAUGUGCCAAUUAUUAAAGCAUUUACUAAUUUAGUCACACAGAUUGCUUUAUGUAUAUUGUGCAUAGUAUUUUGUAAAAUAAUAAUAUCAAAUGUUAUUAUUAUAGUUAUUACUACAGAACAAACAGCAUCGAUGAAAACUCUCAGUAUUAUACUUGCACAUAGAUGGCGUAGUUUCACCGUUAAGAAACCAAUCAAAGCUUUUCUUAGUUAGGCAGUCGGACGCAAGAGUACUGCUGUGAAUGGUUGCCUUUGAGCUAGAAGUUAGAUUGUUGAGGGCUGCUGCACUCCAGCCCACCUACAGUCUCAUCCACUGCACGUGUCUCCGGGCCGGAGCUCUCUCUCUCUCCUGCUCUGGAAAGCAAAGGAAGCCAGCGGCACUCGCUGCUUGCCUGCCCUCCUUUUAUUUUUUUAACUAUUUUUUUAGAAUCCAAUGAACAAUACGAAUAUAUAAAGGCUGUCCUGCAGCCUGGUGGGACUCUGCAAGUCUGUCCUGCAGGGGGAGGAGGAGGACGCUGGAUGUUUUUCAUGUGGAAACUGAGGGAGAAACUGUGCAGCAGGGAAACAUGUCCCACUGUGGAAGCUCUCAGCUGGCUGAGCGUGCCCUCUCCCUCUUCGGUUUCCCCGUGCGUCUGCUGGAACGGCGAGCGUGCCGUAACUGACUGUUUUGUUUUGUCUUGAGGUUUUUUCCCUGGGAUGGACGCCACAGAGCAAAAAUCAAUAAUUAUCAUUCUGUGAUGGUGACAGCGCCCUUAUGCUUGACUCAUUACGGAGAGCGGUUUUAUAUCAAUCAUCUUUCUGACAUAUUAUGGGAUGGCUGGUUGUACCUCCCGGUCAUCCCGUGCACAGUAUCUGUGGUGUGUGUGUGGAGCGGAGGCAGGGGGGGCUGCUGUCCUGGAGCAUAUUUUCUGUUUCUGAAAGCAACAGAUGCAGCGCUCAUUCUACAUAGCUGAUAUCAAUGGCAGGAGUUAGUCUGUAUCUGCUUAAAGACUGUGAGAUGCAUUUUUUAAACUAGUGCAAUAUGUAUUUGCGGUUUUUUGUUGUUGUUGUUGUUUGUUUUUGUCGAAGAACAAGUUCAAUCUGUUGGUCGUUCUGUUAGUUUCGCCCUUUACUUUCUCCCUCCGGCGUCCUCUGGCAUUUCUUUCUCAGUGUUUCAGUGAAGUGCAAGUAUCCACAUGGAUUUGGAGGAACUGGACCUUUCACACUGAUGCAGAGUGUCACAGAAAAGAACUGCAUGUAACGUUAUAUCUUGAGGCUAUUUUCAAACUGUGUACUCCCAAACUAUAUCAGUGUUACAGUUGACAGUUGUUUAAAAAAAAAAAGAAUGGUAGAAUAGUUUUGACUUCUUCAAAUACAGCUAACCGAAGUCAGCGAUGUGUUCAUGUCACUCCAGACGAUAAGUAACCAAAUCUGUAUUUUAACCCGAUCCACAUACAGUACAGUAGUUAAACUGGAUCGUUAGUGUUCAACUGUAGUUAAAGCAGGACCUGAUCAAAGCUGUAACGGGGAAGCUCUGUGUAUUCUGUCAUUUGAAAAUCAGAGUGAUAAUCGAUUAUUUAAAAAGGAAACUUUUAUCUUCACAUUUUCUCUCUGUCUGUCAGCGGCGCACACCUAACCAUUUUCAAGUGGUGUCCAGUAGAUCAGUAUUCUUAAAUAUAUAUACCCUCAGUUAAAGCCACACUUUAUACUUGCUUCAUAAUGUUUGAUUGAUUAAUACACUUAGAAAUGCUCUUUGUAUUCAUUAUAAGACAACUUUUGGGUUGCCAGGUUCUGGAAAGUGUCUUGUGGCCUAAUGUUUACCCAGUUAUACAGGAAAUUACACAUUUUUAUGAUAUACUAUAAAUUACACGUUUUUAAGGUUUCUCUCUAACAGUCUAGUAGUUUACACAUUCACCCAACAAGCCAAACGUCCCCUCUUCAACCCAGAGAAGAGACACAGAUCCCUUGGUGUUUGUGUAAGGACGGGCAUCAAACAUGAGGCGCUAACUGCUUUGGCAAAGAGCAGCCAAAAGUAGCUUUUUUUUCCCCAGGAAUCCGUAGUCUGCAGCUGGCUGAUUAUUAUAAAUGGUAUUUGCUACACUGUUUUUUAGCUCUCUGCUUUUAUUGCAGUAGCUUUGCAUGCUUUUCACUGUUCAGAAUAAUCCAUUACAUACUCCGUUUAGCACUGUCUGAAACAAGCAGUUACAGCUCUGUUCUCCUUCUUUUUAAGCCAUUUAGUUUCUGAUUGGCUGCACAAUGUUAUCAGUAUAUAGAUUUUCAAAUGUAAUUUUCAAAUUUUUUCCACAGGCUAAAGGUACUCUGUUGAGUUUCCAAACAUUAGUAGGUUUAAUAAGCAAUUUUAUAUGAUUCCACUCUGGUUUGGAAAGCACAAGUAAAACCUCCCACGUGUGCAAGCAGAAUUUAGAGUUUGUGCAAAGUCCAUAGGGCAGUUUCAAGUGAUAUUUGUUGAUAUACAAAGCAGGUUCCACACUUGGCACAGUUUCCCCUCCACAUGUGCUAACUCUCACAUAAAACAGUAUAACCUGCCUCUUAUUGAGGUGAUACUCUAAGCAAAUAAGAUACAAAAACUAUGAGAACUGCUUCAAUAUUUCCUGGAAAUGUUCAGUGAGGAUGUAGAUUUGCCAAGACCUUACAACCUGGCAACCCAGAGCUUGUGCUUCUUAAAGUUUUAUUACUGAUUUUGUAAAGCAUUUAGUAAUGUUUAAAAAAAACAAUUAGAUUCUUUAUCUUUUUUUUUUGUAGAAAAGGUAAAAUUUUAUUUAAAGGUACGUAUUUAAAAUCUAUUCCAUUAGAAUAUAAAAAACUUCUGAAAUGAACUGAAGCCAUCAAAUAAUGUGGGGAAAAAACCAAAUACUAUGACUUCAUCGACGUCAUCUCUGUAUGGGAUUAACCCUGAAAAGCCUGAACCAAGAAAUAACUGCCAGAAAAUUCAUUUGAGAGUGUUUAUUCAACCUCACUUUUCAUUUUUUACAAAAAAAGAAGUGAAAUAUCAAUUUACAUAUAUGAGUUUUAAUUUAUUGCUACAACUGGCAUUUUUAUGCAAUUUAUUGCUUAAAAUUUUAUUGUGCAGUUUAUUCAGGUUUUUCAGGAAAAAAUAAAUCACGCUGAUAAUGUAAGGGUCUAAAAAUCUCAUGUAUCAAUUCUGAUAUACUUGGCGUUACAGGGUUAAGUUAAAAUAAGGCCCAGCCGUACUUUCAUGCAAUGCACAUUUGUUCCACAAGAUGGUGCUGAAAUAAAUGUAACUUUAUAACUUGUAAAUCAGGUAAGUCAUUGCGAAAACAUUCCUAUUUGCAAUGGUAGCCUGCAAAAGGCAACACAAUAAAAAAACAUAAAAAAUGAAAAGAACGACGCCUCCGUAAACAUUUCAACACACCUGCUGAGAAAACCACUGCCUCCUGGUGGUGAAAGUUUUAUUAACGCAUGUGUACAAUUUGCAAUAUGUCCUUACAAAAAGUACCUUUAACAUAGAUUUUGUUGUGUCCGUGCACUGUAGGCUCCUGUAACUUUCACACCUUAUAGUUGGCUGCAGUUUCUGUGCUACAGUGUCAGGAAAGUGCCAAUAUUGCAUUGUUAAAAUCAGUUUAACAUGAAAUCUACUGGGGGCUGUAUUUAAAACCCAACGCUGUACCCGACCAAUCACAAAGUUUGUCUUCAGACCAGGAUUCGAACACCAACAGGCUAUUAGAGAGUAAAGGUACAGGCAGAUACCAAAAAAGGAGCCCGAGUUACUUUUAUUACCCUACAACCUUCCAGUUCCUUCAGAGCACUGAUCUAUUGUGAAACCUGUCCAGAUUCCAUGUGAGGUGCUUUGCUGCAUGCCAUUGAUGCCUACUGUUUCUUUCUUCUACUCUCUUUUUUUGGUUUCAUUUGUUUUUGUUUUUUCAACCGUUGCUCUGUCAAGCGGCGUGCUUGACUAGAACUUAACCUUCCAGCAUAGCUACGACUUCCCUGACUUGUGCUUGUUUACAUCUAGACGAGUUUUGGCCUGCUAGUGUGUCUUUUUGUUUGUGCAUCAUUCUUCUCCGGCAUGCAUUUCACCCAUAUUUCCACUGUAGAGUAUAAAGACCUGGCAGCGUACUGCUGAGUGUAAAUAUGGAAUCUAAUGUGACUUGAAGUAAAAGUAAAGAGGGCUGGACAUGGAGGAAAUAUUUUAAUGGCAAGCUGGUAAUAAAGAAUGAGUAACAUAUGUAAAUAGUCUGUAAAUUAUUGUUAUUAAUUAUUCUUAUUAUUACUAUUCAGUGUCUACAGUUACAUUGAAGGUGCAUUCCUGCUCCCUUGUGAUCUUUACAUAAUCAAACUGCUUCUCUCUGCCUCCGACAGGACUGAAUUAUCAUAGGAUCUAGAGAUGAACAGCCAAUUGUUACACGGCUAACACCGUUUCUGUCGUCUUUCCUGAGAUGCUUCUGUUUUCUCACACUCACAGCCAGACUUCUGAAGUCAAAGGGAAGAGAGGAGUGCUCUUAUUUUAUUAUGCAUUCUGUUUCUAAGUAGAAAAAUACCCAUUGAUGUAAAACUAGUACUGUGACAAUGUUGAGAACGCAAAAUAAAAUGAUAUACAGUCAAAUCGGA